GGCGCGGCAAGAAGACUGUCUCCCUGCGGCUUCCGUAGGUUGGGUGAAGUUAAAAUGGCUGCUCCUGUUGACAACGAUCUAAUCGAAAGUGAUUUACCCAAAGCUGUGCAGCUGCUGAAUAAUCUCACAGAACAGGUAGCAUCAGUAACCAGUUAUGUUCGAGAGCUGCUGACUAAAGUUAAGAAUGGAGUAUUCAACACUUCAAAGGGUCUGUCCUUCUUGGACCUUCGCUACAACCUCCUGCUCUUCUACCUUCAGGACCUCACUCAUCUCAUCAGCAUCAAGGCCGAAGGAGGCAAGAUGAAAGACAGCGAAGCUUUGAGCAGAGUGGUCACCAUCAGAACCGUGCUAGAGAAAAUGCGACCGCUAGACCACAAACUGAAGUACCAGAUCGAUAAACUGGUGCGCACUGCUGUUACUGGAAGUUUGGCUGAAAAUGAUCCGCUCCAGCUGCGUCCAAAUCCUGAAAAUUUCAUCAGCAAACUGAGUGAAUCGGAGGACUCUGAGGAUGAAACGAAGAACAAGGCAGCCUCCGACAAGAAAGCAGCUCACUCUAGUGGCAGGAAAUAUGUACCGCCAAAGAUUGCGCCAGUGCAUUAUGACGGUGACAUGACGGAAGCGGACAGGAAGAAGGCUCAGACGGAGCGGCAGCGACGAGCAGCUCUGCGGAGCUCCGUGAUCCAGGAGCUGAGGCAGCAGUACAGCGACGCUCCGGAGGAGAUCCGGGAGAGACGAGACUUCCAGACGGAGAGGGAAAGCCGAGACGAGCUCCACAGGAAAAAUUACGAGGAGUCGAUGAUGGUGCGUCUGAAUAUGCCGAAGCACGAGAAGAAAGCCAGGAAGAGGAGCACGAUGGCCAUGUCCGACCAGCUGAGCGGCAUCACACACUUCGGUGACAUCACAGCUCUGACCGGCGGUGAAGGUGGACAGGAUGGGGAAAGCGGUAGACCAAAGAAGAAGAAGAAACUCAUGAAAAAGAAAACCAAGAGGAGAGCCUUCAAGAAACACAGAUAAACCAAGCUGUGGUGUUCAAUGAUGUCAGAAUAUUAAAUGAAAAUGUUUUUUUAUUCAUUGUGUUGAAUAAACUCCACAUCACUU